AUGUUUCAGUGUCCUUCGUGCGGUAAAGGAGGAUUCAAAGAUGAUAUUGCUGUUGCCCAUCACAUGAAUCAACCUCGCUUGGGAUGUAGCACCUGGCUACAGGAUAUAAUCCAUCUUCAGACCGACUACUCUGGUAUGAACAUUGAUGACCCGCACAUGCCGCACGACUCCGAGUCACAUCAUUUGCAUCAAGACUACGAUGACCCUGAGAGCCUCGGAGGUGUUGAUGAAGGUAUUUUUACCGGUCACACCGAUGAAGACGGCACUCUACCAACCACCGACUCUAUUGAGUGGUUUCCCGAUGCCUCUCAGACAUAUGGCAAGGGUCACACAUUUCUUGACUUAUUUCACUCCGACAAGAAUAGCGUAUAUUGCACGAAGAAUCUUUACUACCUGUUCAGUGGUCGGAAGGAGUGGGAAGUUGCAUCAUGGCUAUUGCGUUCUGGAUUGAGCAUGGGGAAGAUUAAUAGUUUUUUGUCACUCGAGAUGAUUAAGGAUCUUUCAUUAUCAUUCUCUUCUGCUAAAGAGCUGCGAGGUAGGGCCAAAAUGUUGCCCAGCGGUCCACACUGGAUGUCUCAAGUAAUUCCUACGGCCCAUCCCAUGAAAUCGCCUGUCAUAUUAUACUGGUGUGACCCCUUGAACUGCAUCUCGAGUAUUCUUAAUCACCCUACAUUUCACAAAGAGUUAGACUUUAUGCCUCGCAGGGUGUAUACCACUGCGCAGCAGCUGUAUCAUGUGUACUCCAAGUGGAUGACAGGCAAUGAUGCCUGGGAGAUGCAGUCGAAUCUACCAAGUGGUGCGACCCUGCUAGGCACUAUUCUUUCAUUGGACAAGACCAAUAUAUCUAUGAUGACAGGUGACAGAGUUGCCCACCCAUUCCUCAUCAGCCUCGUGAACAUACACAUGUCUACUCGACUCAAGACGUCGUCCGGUGCUUUCUUGCUCACUGCCCUACUCCCCGUACCCAAAUUCACUCAUAAGAAGAAACACUUGCGAGGUGUGCUAGAGGACUGUCUAAUUCAUCAGGUCUUGGAUAUUGUUCUGGCGCCUCUUAAGCAGGCUGCUCGUGAGGGGGUCAUGCUAUCAGAUCCGGUCGGCCAUAGCCCUGUCGUCCGACAAAAGGUCGACCCCGACAAUAUUGAAGCAUUCUUUCGCGAAGCGCAGAAGUUUCGCUUCAACGGAGUCGAUAAACCCUUCUGGUUGGAUUGGGUCAUGGCUGAGCCAUCACAUUUCCUCACUCCGGAACCCGUGACGGGCUUUCGCCAUUUCCAUAGGCGCGUCCAACGUGAUAUCCAAUGCUCAAUCAUUGCGGUCAGUACAGAUGCGGUACCCAGCGCCGUGAUCACUGCCGUACGAGCGUUAAUGGAUUUCUGUUAUCUUGUACAGUUGACACGGAUUGAUGAUCACGAUCUCGAGCGCAUUUUGACAGCGCUGGCUGAAUUUCACGCCAACAAGCAGGCAAUCUUAGAUGCUGGGUUCCGUCAAGGCAAGGGGGGCAAAAACAUCGACAAUUGGUACAUUCUGAAAUUGGAGCUCAUGCAGAGCAUCACUCCCAGUAUUCACAAUACUGGUGUUUCCCUGCAGUGGACUGCAGACACCACGGAGCAUGCACAUAUCACUGAGAUCAAAGAUCCCGCACAAGCUGGUAACAACAACCAUUAUGAUGCGCAGAUUUGUCGCCAUCUUGACCAUGCUGACAAGUGUCAUCGCUUUGGGCUCCCCGCGAGUCUACUGGACCAGUCAAAUCAACACACAUACCCAGAUGAAGAAGAUGACGACAAAAUCGAUGUCGAUGUCGAUGAUGAUCGUGACAUCCUAACUCUUCUGCACAAGGAUGUAGGAACAAUCCCCUGGCCAUUACGAACUUUGGUUGUCGCACAGCAUGUAGCAGUUCACCUUGCCUACGACCCAUCAAUCAGAGCCAUCUCCAUUGACGACACUGCUCUCAAAUUCAACCUUCCCGACUUGCGACCAGCUCUUGCUGACUUCCUUCGUCGCAAAGACACCUAUGGAAAUGAUCACAUUCACACAAUUGGUGGGGCUAGGAGAGCUGAGCCCAAUGCUUCGCUUCCUUUUGACAAGCUCCAAGUUUGGUUCAAACUUCGGCUCCAGGACAUGGUCAUUCACGAGACUAGCAUUGUGCGGCCUGCACAGACCCUGAGUUGUGCACCGCCUUGCGGCCUCUGGACCUCUGGCUGGUACGACACAGCCAUUAUCAAUCACGAUGGGGGGUACUCGUGGCCUACUGAUGGUCUUCGUGGUGAGUUAUUAUAUUAUUCUGUCGUGCUGAACAUUGUCUCAUUGAAUGAAUGGCCAUGGAAGGAUCACUUCCUCAGUUAUGUGCAACAAUUUGACAUUGUCAAGCCUCCCACGAACAACACAUUAUCAACCGAGAAAACUAGAAAAUCCGUUGACCCUACAAAGUUACAUUUGCUUAAGAGGGCAAAUCGGUUGAAUGGGACUCGGAUUGGUGACAUCAUUCCAGUCACUCAGUUCAGGGUGCCCGUGAAUAUAGUCCCUCGCUUUGGCUCAAAGGCAGAUAAUCGUCUCACCCCAUAUAACAGCAUUGAACACUCGUACUGGGACAAAAAUAUGUUCUUCCCGCUUUCGAUGUAG